AUGGGGCCUCGCCCACCAAUGCAAAGCGAUUUCAAUCCCACCUCACAGCAACUGCAGCUUGCUCCCGUUGUGCUGUUGAUAUUGAAGACACGGAUCACCUUUUUCGGUGCUGCCCGGAUUCAAGCGACUUGUGGAGGAGCUUCUGAUCGGUGCUACCGGAGUUCCUGGUUUGCUAGGAUUCUGUCUCACCGACAUGGUACUCUCGCUGUUGCAGUCUUAUGGUGGAGCUGGCGUUGGAGAAACCAGAAAAUAUUUGAUGUGCAGGGCUUCACCAUGAACCAUGUGUUGAGGUUUAUCUUACGGGACGAAGCUUUAUGGCGUAGCUCUCUGCAAUCUCCUGAGCAUACUAUGCAUGUGGACACGUUGGGAACCACAGCCUCCAACACGGUCGUGACUAUUGCGGUUGAUGGCAGUUGGAACCCCUCAGUGAGUAGAAUGGGAUGUGCUGCGAUUGUGAGGGACUCUCGCGGAGCAUGGUUGUCUGCAACAUCAGUAAGUUACAGCUCUGGUUCAGCAUUCCUUGCUGAAGUUCUUGCCAUGGAAGUAGGGCUUCGCCAUGCUCUUGAUUUGGGAUACAUGAAUGUGUCUUGUUUGUCGGAUUGCGCGCGGGCACUUCAUGUGUUGCAAGAGGGAACCAACAUUACCAGCUAUUGGAACAGGGAAGAGAUAUGUCGUGUUCGUGCCUUACUAGCUAGUCUACAGGAUGUCCGUUUGAUGCAGGUUGAUCGAGCCAAGAACAACACCGCUGAUAAGUUAGCACGAGAAGCUUGUUGUUUAGGGUCUCCCAUCCAAGUCUGGAAGCAGCCGCCUUCCUUCGUUUUUGAUUCUUUGUUUUUAGAUUCUAUUUCUUAG